CUGAUGCCAUCUUCACAAACGUAUUCAAUACACAAGGUGAGUACUUUCAUGGAGCUUUUAUGAAGGAAGAGAAGAGGAAGAGGGGGAGAGAGAGAGAGGUGAGUACUUUCACGGAGCUUUUAUGAAGGAAGAGAAGAGAGGAAGAGGGGGAGAGAGAGAAAGGUGAGUACUUUCAUGGAGCUUUUAUGAAGGAAGAGAAGAGGAAGAGAGAGAGAGAGAGAGAAUGGCGGACUUGAGCAGUGAGGAGAACGCAUCGUCAAAGAGCACUAGCCUUCUCCUCCAAAUCGUUGAACACCCUGACGGAUCCGUCUCCCGUCCCUUCGUCCCGAUCUCUGCGCCCUCAGACGACCGGCCGGACGCCGCCGUCCUCUCCAAGGACGUCCCUUUAAAUCCCACACACGACACAUGGCUCCGGAUUUACCGCCCCAGCGUCGUCCAUCAUACCACGAAGCUCCCCAUAGUCAUCUACUUCCAUGGCGGCGGCUUCGUCGUCUUCAGCGCUGCUUCCACCUUCUACCACGGCUUAUGCGAGGCCAUGACCGGUGCGAUUUCGGCUUUAGUCGUGUCGCUUGAGUACCGCCUGGCCCCGGAGCACCGCCUCCCUGCGGCGUACGAGGACGCCGUGGAGACGGUUCUGUGGAUCCAAUCCCAAGCUCGAGAUCCGGCAGCGGGAGAGCCGUGGCUGGUACACCAUGGGGAUUUCUCCCGAUGCUUUCUCAUGGGCAGCAGCUCCGGGGCGAACAUGGCGUACCACGCCGGACUUCUCGCUACGGCCCUGGAGCUGCUGCCCCUGAGGCUGCUGGGGUUAAUCCUCAACCAGCCUUACUUCGGCGGGGUGGAGAGGACCCCAUCGGAGAUCAGAUCGGAGGACGACCCCAUUCUCCCGCUCCAGGCCAACGACACGCUGUGGCGCCUGGCGCUGCCGAAAGGCGCCGAAAGAGACCACGAGUUCUGCAACCCCGUGGUGGCAGUUCCACCGGAGCUGAGGCAUCUGCCGAGGUGCUUGGUGAAGGGCUGCGAAGGGGAUCCGCUGGUGGAUCGACAGCGGCAGUUUGUAAGGAUGCUGCAGAGGGAAGGAGCGAGCGUGGUGGCUCGGGUGGACGAAGGAGGGUUCCACAGCGUCGAGCUCUUGGAUCCGAUCAGGGCAGAGUCCCUGUUCGCGGAAGUCCGGCGGUUCAUUCGCAAUGAUCUCUGAGAAGAAGAACAACACAGAGAGAUUAAGCAACAAAAAAUGACAAGCAUCAUAUUGACAGUACAACAUUACCAUUAGCAGCACACCAAUCAAUCUCUUGGAAUAAAACCAAAUGUUGAAGGCAAAAGAGGAGAGGAAGAAAGGAGAGGGUGCCUAUGAACAGGAAUCAGUAGUACCAAACAGAGUUCCUUGGUUUCUUGUUGGGAGUUGGAACAGAGGAGAUCUGAGGCACCAUGAACGCGUCGUCGCUCCACCGCUCCUUCCCGGACUUAUCUCUGUGUGGGAAGCUGCUUGCUACCUCCUUGUCCACCAGCCAGUGCUGGUAAUGAGCGGCCGGAGGACAGUGCGGAAGGAACUGCGGCGCGUGGGCCGCGCAGAUGUCUUCCAGCCCUCCGCCAUGCAGGUCCAAACAUGGAAGCGACAUAUUCACCUGGACGAUACGUUGCAGACCUCGAAGAAACCAUCCAUGGCGGGGGCGGCGGCCGUGUCUUCAACCAGAAGGUCCUCGACGUGCCAGCCUGGGCACGUCUUGGUGAGGUACUCCGAGAUGCUACUGGCAUUGCCGCUGCUGGUGGCGCUAAAAGACGCGCUAGCUGAGGGAAAAGCAGCAGUUUUGAUAGGGUUGCCUGGGACCACGGCGGCGGUGGGGUCCGCCACCAUGGCCUGGCCUUUCUUGCUCUUCCAGAUCGCACCGUCCCUGCUGUUGGCUGCCGCGGCCGCCUCUGUGUCGGGAGCCGAGAGAGGCGCGGAGGAGAAGCGGACGCCAGUGAGAAGGAACCUGCUGUGCUUCAUGGUGAGGUGGUUGGUGCUAUGUAUGGCGGCGUCGCACUCUGUACAGAGGAUCGCUCGGUCCUCUUGGCAAAACAAAAUCGCUCUCUUCUCCUGCAAA